AUGAUCAAGUCGCCGGCCAGUCUGACUUCUCAGGGAUGCGGUAAUCUGAUUGCGAGUUCCAACACGGCGCAGUGCAAGUCGUCGCCGCUGAGCUUGCAGAAAACCUUCAUGGUCCAGUUCUGCUGCGGUAGUGCCGAGUGCUUGAACCUGGGCAUUCCCAUCAAGCGGAGCAGCAUGCCAAUUAGAGGGCAUACUCCGCGCCAGUCUGGCAAUCUCACUAUUCUCGGCUCUCGUGCCGCUGCCGGCCUCCAGAGCAUGUAUAUGACGUUUGCCAACGGAACCAUCAUUACGCCACUCGAAGUCGGGAGCCCUACGGCCUCUGCGCCGGCCUCCGCAGCCGCUUCUCCCUCUCCCGCUGCCGUUCAGCGGCGAUGCGACGGCUGGCAGGAGGGCUCGUACAAGCCCAACGCGGGUGAGGACGGCGACUUCCUGAAGACGACGGACACCAUGCUCGUCAGCGCAGGCAACGUUCCAAUAAAUGACUCAGCGUACACAUUUACAAACACCUACUCGAGCGGGUUUGAAACCACUACGGGAUUCUCUGUAUCCCUCGGCGACCCGUUCGGCAUUAUCAAUCUCGGCGUUAGCUUUGAGUUCGCCAACCAGACGUCGAAGCAGAUCCAGUAUAGCGUCGGCGUUCCGGCAGGCGUUACUGGUCGCGUCGGCUUCACCCCUGUCUACCACUGUUCUAAGGGCUCCAUGACGCAGUGCGACGGCACUGUCGUCGAAAAUCAAGAGAGCUGUACCCCCUUCCUCACCGGCGGUGACACAGUCCAAGGUGACUACUCCAUUGUCCAGAUCUCAUGAAGACAUCUUUUUGGCAGAUGUUGGAGGAUGUUGAUUAUCGUGGAAUAAUCCACAUUACAAUGCGCUUGUUCCUUUGUCUAAUAUUCUGG